AAUGAGGAGAAUGUUUUGUGUAUUUCUCAGUUGCAGCUUCCCUUCAAGUCUAGGGCAGAGUGUGACAAGGACCUGCUAAUCCCCCUGCAGCUGCUGGAGAUGCCAGAGGGCCCUUCAGUGAGGAAGUUCCAGCUGCUGACCUCCCCUUUUGUGGGACAAGUGGUGGCCAAGGUGGGGGGAAGCAGCAGGAAGCUCAGUGUCAAUGACCUGAAUGCCCUGAGGCUCCAGGACUCCCAGGUUCAUGGGAAGAACUUGUACCUGGCAUUUGUGGCAGCUGAAGGUCCCAUUGGGCCAACUGCAGAAGAGACAGCGCUGCAAAGAGAGGCUGCUUGUGGGGCACACUGUCCUGCUCAGGGACAGCAGGGACAGGCUGGUGUUCCACAUCCCCAUUCCCAGGAUGAUGAGCUGCAGGAAGCCCAGAACUCAAGAUCUGAAGCCCCAGAGGCAGCAGAGGGUCGGGGCAAUUGGCUGCGCAUCCACUUUGGCAUGUUCGGCAGCGUCCGCGCAAACGAGUUCUCGAGGGCAAGCAGAGCCAACAAAAGGGGGGACUGGAAGGAUCCUGUGCCCAGGCUGGUUCUGCACUUUGAGAGUGGAGGCUUCCUUGUUUUCUACAACUGCCGGAUGCUCUAGUGCUCCUCUCCCAGGGCUGAUCCUGCUUCUGACAUCUUGUCUGUGGAAUUCCACCGAGGCCAGGCGCUGCGUGCCCUCCGUGCACCCAAUCCUGUCUGCUACACCCUCCUAGACCAAAGAUAUUUUUCAGGGCUGGGGAACAUCAUCAAGAACGAGAUCCUGUACCUGGCCAGGAUCCACCCUUUAACACCAGGCUCCCUCUUGGCUCUCUCAGAUCUGGAGUAUCUCCUGGACUGCGCCCUUCAGUUCAGCUCUGAGUGGCUGCACAACAAACUGUGUGGCCAAGGGCUGCACCCCCAGGUGUACCAGAAGGAGCAGUGUCCCCUGGGACAUCCCCUGAUGAAGGGCACUUUUGGACCCUUGGAUGGCUUCAAGAGACUGACGUGGUGGUGCCCUCAGUGCCAGCCUGAGCUGCUGCCAGGGGAUGGGGACCCUUCCCCAGUCACUGGGUGAUCUGUCCUGCAGGGUGCUGGGUGGUUUCUGAUCCAUGCUCCUCGUUGUCCUAGAAGGUCUCUGUGGUUUCUUUUAGGCUGUUGAGUUUGGUCCUUAGGGAGUUGGCAGAGUUAAGUGCUCAGUGGAGGUCCCAGGUCCUCUGAGUGGCUGCAGAAAGGAAAAAGUGGCUGUCCAUGGUUUUUUUUUUUUGUCAUAGUGUAAAGAGUUUGACCAGGU